AUGGCCGAGCUUAUCACAUUCAUCUGCAAACGAACCGUGGUGAGCACGAAGCCUGUCCAAGCCGGAAAAACCUACCCCCUAUCCGUUCUUGACCGCCACAUGGAAGAGAACCACCUUAGGAUGGUGUUGUACUAUCCAUCAACUGGAGUGCCAACAAAGCCUGGUGAAAUCACAACGAAGCUUAGAGAGUCCCUUGCGGUAACACUUACUAAUUAUCCGAUAAUUACAGGCCGGUUGCAGAAGACUGACAAAGAGCAGUGGAUGAUAAAGUGCAAUGAUGCGGGCGUGAGAAUGAUUGAGGCUAAGGCCAGAGGGAGUUUGGAGGAGUGGUUAAGAAAUGUGGAUAGGGAGAAGGAGCUUAUGCUUGUUUAUUGGGAGGAAAUGUACCAUAAGCCUUAUUUUUGGUCUACAUUUUAUGUUCAGCUUACUGAAUUUGAGGAUGGUGGACUAGCAAUUGGGCUGAGUUGCACUCAUCUCCUUGCAGAUCAAACUUGUGCAACCAUGUUCAUCAAAGCUUGGGCCGACACGACAGUCUUCAGCAAAAUGAUGCACCCUCCAUUUUUCUACCCGUUGCCUUCGCAGAGGCCAGGAAACGGAAAGCUGAACCAAACGCCCUACACUGCCUUGAUCAACCAUUAUAAAACCUCCAUCAGCAAGUCAAUUCACAUCGUAGAUGCAAAACACACGACUGUUACUCUCUUUUUUUCAGACGACAUGGUUCGGGCUUGCAUUGCCAUGGCCCAGCCCAUUAAUGGAACUGACAAAUCAAGCCCAACACCGUUUGAGGCCCUUUCUGGGCUCUUUUGGGUUUGUAUUAGCAAGGUAAAAGGAACGAGAAAUGGGCUUGUUGACAUGUCUAUACGCCUGGAUAUGAGAAAAGUUUUGGGGUUAGAUAAGGGCUUCUUUGGAAAUUGCAUGGUUUAUAAUAAGGUUCAUCUGGAGGGUUUCCAAGAAGAUAAUUUGUCACAAGCUGCAAGUUCUAUAGGUGAGGUAGUGGCCAAAAUGGACCGUGAGGGAAUCAUGGAUUUGAUCGAGUGGCUUGUAUGUAAGGAUGAUCGAUCUCGGUCUUUGAUGAACAGUUGUGAUCUCAUUUGUGCUAGCUUAGAGGGUGUGGACCCAUUUUCGAUUAUUUUUGAAGAUGUGAUAGUACCAAUUCGUGUGUCGUGUUAUGUUGAGCCGGUGUCCGCAUUAGGGCAAGUUUUGAUCCUUCCGGCGAAGCCAGGCAAUGGUGAGCUAAGUAGGGUGGUAAUGGUUACGCUUCCACGUGAUGAGGCCAUAAAAAUGUGUGAACACGAUCUUAUUUUACGCUUCUCUCCGACCAUCUUGAUGGAUGUGAAUAAACCCUAG